GGGAGGGGAGGGGCGAGAGCGAAUCGGGGACCCACGAGGCUCAGCCGCCCGCCCGCUGGUGAUCCUUCGAAAAGAAAAGUUGCCCUCAGACCUCCUCCAGCUUGGCACUUCCUUCCCCUGGCGCUGCUGUUGAGGUGGAGUCGGGCGGGGAGGAGCCGGGCAGGAGCCGGGCAGAGACCUGCAAGGUCUCCGGGGACAGGCCGGCUCCCCUACCUCGGUACUCAGCACAGGUGUCGCCCCGGGUCUGCGUCCUCAGGUCCAGGCACAAACUUUCUGGAUUGUCUGUCCCGGGACAUUUGUCGGGCAAGUCCCACACCACGCGGGUAAGAGGCGCCACGGCCAGGGAGACAGUCCUGGUAGCUGUCCUCAGCUGAGGCUGCGUCUCGCUCGGCUCCGUCUCGCUCGGCUCCGUCUCACAUGGCCUGCUCCACCUGUAGCUGUGACAAAGCUCCCUCUGCCUGGCCCUUACAAAGAUUCAUGUGACUGCAUUUAGGUCUACUUGGAUAAUCCAAGAUUCUGAAAGUCUUGGAGUUCCUAGCAGUGCCAAGUGCUGGAGAAGUUUUUCUGCUCCUCUGUCUGUUAGAGGGAAGUGCGCAAGGACAACCCAGCAGGAGGGUGAGGAGCGCAGUCACAGGUUUUGGAAGGUGACAAUGAAAUGCGAAGACGUUACAUUUCUAAUGUGAUACUUGAAAGUUAGUGACCGCUUACAAAAUUUUCGUGAAAAUUAAAUAUGACUUAGCAGCGCUGAUUUAUGAAGUUUUAUGAUGUCAUCGGUCGCGACUGAAAGCAAACCCCAGCAGGCCGUGAGCCUGCAGGGGGUUGACCCGGAAACAUGCAUGAUUGUGUUUAAGAACCACUGGGCGCAGGUUGUGAAGAUCUUAGAGAAGCAUGACCCCUUGAAGAACACCCAGGCGAAAUACGGGUCCAUCCCUCCGGACGAGGCCAGCGCGGUGCAGAACUAUGUGGAACACAUGCUCUUCUUGUUGAUCGAAGAGCAAGCCAAGGAUGCCGCCAUGGGGCCAAUUCUGGAAUUUGUGGUCUCCGAGAACAUUAUGGAGAAACUCUUCCUUUGGAGCUUGAGGCGGGAGUUUACCGAUGACACUAAAAUGGAACAGCUAAAGAUGUACGAGAUGCUGGUCACCCAGUCGCACCAGCCGCUGCUGCACCAUAAGCCCAUUCUGAAGCCCCUGAUGAUGUUGCUGAGCUCUUGUUCGGGGACGGCCACCCCUGCCGUGGAGGAGAAGCUGGUCGUCCUGCUCAACCAGCUCUGUUCCAUCCUUGCCAAAGACCCGUCCAUUCUGGAACUCUUCUUCCACACGAGUGAGGACCAAGGGGCGGCCAACUUCCUCAUCUUCUCCCUUCUGAUUCCCUUCAUUCACCGAGAGGGGACAGUAGGGCAGCAGGCCCGGGAUGCGUUGCUUUUCAUCAUGUCUCUCUCUGCUGAGAACAGCGUGGUGGCCCGUCACAUCGUGGAGAACACGUACUUUUGUCCAGUGCUCGCCACCGGACUCAGUGGUCUCUACUCUUCCCUGCCCACAAAGCUGGAAGAGAAAGGCGAGGAGUGGCACUGCCUUCUCAGAGACGACUGGCUCCUCCUCCCUUCCCUCGUGCAGUUCAUGAACUCCCUGGAGUUCUGCAAUGCCGUCAUCCAGGUGGCUCAUCCCUUGAUUCGUAAUCAGCUUGUCAGUUAUAUUUACAACGGGUUCUUGGUCCCUGUCUUGGCUCCUGCUCUCCAUAAGGUGACUGUGGAGGAAGUCAUGACCACAACUGCGUAUCUGGACCUUUUCCUGCGCAGCAUCUCUGAGCCGGCACUGCUUGAGAUCUUCCUCCGCUUCAUCCUGCUGCACCAGCACGAGAACGUCCACAUCCUGGACACUCUCACGAGUCGGAUCAACACCCCCUUUCGCCUCUGUGUGGUGUCCCUGGCCUUAUUUAGAACUCUCAUCGGUUUGCACUGUGAAGAUGUGAUGUUACAACUAGUUCUGAGGUAUCUGAUCCCCUGCAACCACAUGAUGCUGAGUCAGAGGUGGGCUGUGAAGGAGCGGGACUGUUACUCUGUGUCUGCGGCCAAGCUGCUCGCCCUGACCCCGGUCUGCUGCUCCAGUGGGAUCACCCUGACGCUCGGGAACCAGGAGAGGGAUUAUAUUCUCUGGUCAAAGUGCACGCACGAUAGUUCAGGGCCCCUGGAGCAGCCGCUCCCUGAGACACCCCCUCCGUCGGCCUGCAUCGUGGAGUGCGGCAAAGCCCUGGACAUCAGCUACCUGCAGUACCUCUGGGAGGCCCACGCCAACAUCCUCCAGUGCAUGCGGGACUGCCGCGCCUGGUCCGCGCUCUACGACGGGGACUCGCCCGACGCGGAGAUGUUCCUGCAGACUCUGGCAGAGGACCGCGCUCCCAGCCCCACCUCCCCCGCGGGCAGGCCCCCGCAGCAGCCCCCCAGGCAGACGGGGGCCGUGCUGGUGGCUCCGAGGAAGGACAAGAGCCAGACGGACCUGGAGUGGGACGACAGCUACGACACUGGGAUCUCCUCGGGGGCGGACGUGGGCUCCCCCGGGCCCUACGAUGAUCUGGAGGGUUCUGGCCAGCCGAUGCCGGCGGAUCCCCCCAAACACAUCCAGGAGAUGAAGAAGAACGCCAUCCUCCGCUUCAAAGGGACCUACAUCGAAGAGUCGGACUUUCAGGACGACGUGAUGGUGUACCGGCUGUGUGCGGAGAAGGACUCUGAGGACGCCACGGGUUCACAGGAGGAGCCGGCGGGGCCCCCGGCCCAAGGCCGGACCGAGGUCCAGAGCCCCCCGCUGAACAACGGUCCCCUGCCCAGCCCUCAGCCCCAAACAGAUUCAGAGGAAGAGCCGGACAGGGACGGCUCAGACAUGUUUCCGAGCGUGUCCCAGGAGCCACGGUGGGAGCGGUGUCCCGAAGGAGCCCCAGAACCACACGCAGAGCCAGCACCCCCUGUCUCCGAGGCAGGGCACCAUUCAGACCUGAUGGUGGUGGACCCCGAGGGUGAAGAUUUCAUUGCCCAGUACGACCAAAUCAUUAAGGAACUGGAUUCUGGCACUGAGGGCUUGAUGGGACAGAACUUGUCUCCACCUGAUCCCUUGCUCCUCACGAAUGAGCAAGAGGGGAAGGAAGACCGCAGGGGCGAAGAGGAGGAGGAGGAGGAGGAGGGAAAGAGGGAGCUGGAAGAGGAGGAGGAGGAGGAGGACUUCGACUCUUUUAUAGCGGACGCCCCUGCCGCAGAGGCCGUGCCGUCCCCCUUCGGGGUGAGAGAGGAGACUGACUUUGCCAGUCACCGCCCCGCGAGGACUCAGAGCAUCCCGUUCACAGGCCCCUUCAUCAGCGUGGUGCUGUCCAAGCUGGAGAACAUGCUGGAGAACUCCCUGCACGUCAACCUGCUGCUCAUCGGGAUCAUCACGCAGCUGGCCAGCUACCCCCAGCCGCUGCUGCGCUCCUUCCUGCUCAACACCAACAUGGUCUUCCAGCCCAGCGUCCGCUCCCUCUACCAGGUCCUCGCGUCUGUGAAAAACAAGAUUGAACAGUUGGCAUCUGUGGAGAGAGACUUCCCGGGACUCCUCAUACAAGCCCAGAAAUACCUGCUCUUCCGCGUGGACGUGUCCGAUGAGACACCGGAGUCACUCACCAAAGAUCCCAUUCAGGAUGCCUCCAGGACAGGGACUGGCAAGAGCCUUCUGGAUGGUCCGCCCAGAGUGCUUCAGCCCUUCCUGGCCACCAGAGCCAAGGCGGCCGGGGUGCCCCCGAGCCUGCCCCUACCGGUGAGGAACGCCAUGCUGGCUGCUGCCCUCUUCCCGGAGUUCCUGAAGGAGCUGGCCGCCCUGGCCCAAGAACACUCUAUCCUCUGCUACCAGAUCCUGGGCGACUUUGAGGACUCCUAUUGUUAGCAUUUUUGUGUUUAAAUAGAGGUACUUUUUUUUUAAGGUUUAGUGUCUUGACUGAAUGUUAAAUGUGAAGCUGCUUACAAAAACUUCUACUUUGAUAUUUCCUGACAAUACUUGAUUUUUGGGGAGGGGGGUUUUCUCUGUACCUCCUCUCUCUCUAGCCGGGUCUUCCCGCCCUGCGGUAUGUAGACCGUAAGUCUCGUAAGCCGGUUGCUCCUUUGGCGGGUUUUCUCUGCUCCGUCUUUCCUCCUCAAAUUUUGGGUGGUUAUUCUCCCAUCCCUUUGAGUCAACUCAUGUUGCUGCGUAGAUCAAACCCAGCAAACAUGAGGGGGGGGGUUCAGUGAUUUCUGGAAGCACCCCGUGUCAGACGGUCGGCUCUUCAGUGAAGAGCACGUGAAGAAAGCAUGUCCGUCCCUGCUGCCUCCUGCUUCCGUUUUGUAAAAGGGAAGAGUCUCGAAGGAGCUUCCGCUGCCUCCAUCACGUAAGGGCGUAUCAUGUGACCCUUCGCAUUUUACACCCAGGACUCACGUUCUGCCCAACAUGCAUUGCCUUACGGUGCAGGCACAUGUGCUGGUCUCGGCGGUGCGCCUGGGAAGUCAGAUGUGGUUGGAGAGAACGUGCAAUGCCGGGAAAUUGUCUUGUUGCUGGAGAGCUGGCUUUACUCGGUGGAGCACUACCUAAACACUGAAAGUAGCCUUAUUUUCCUAAGAUUUGCACAAAAUGAAACAUACCUAUGCAAGCUGUUUCUUUGGUGUUUAGGAGACUGCUUGGAAGAAAGCAUGCUAUCUAUAAGAUGGGCAUCAUUAUUUCUCAAGUGCUGUACGAAAAACAUUGAUUUGUGAAGCUGUUUCAUAGAGUAGUUCUGUGUGUAUGUGGUGGUGGGAGAAUACGGAGGGGAAAGGAUAAAGGUAAACUAAACGCAGCCUCGAAAAUCACUGGUGAUCAGUUUAAAUUUUGUUUGCUUUUCCUAACGAGUUGCACUUUGUAGAGGAGCAGGAACUGGACGGCCAGGCUGGGAACUGGGAUGUACAUGCAAACGGGUCGCAGGGAGCCCUGCAAAGCCAAGUAGUGCCUGCUGGUGACGGGCUCCACACAGAGCCGCCACCGCUUUCGCCUCCCGAGCGAUGGGCUUGGGGAGAAGGCCCCGGGGUGAUGCGCUAGUGCCUCUCUGCUGCUUUUCAGCCCAGCCGCUCCAGUUACACGCAGAGCCCCAGUCUCCUAAGCCUCUGCCAAGGGGGGAGACACGAAAUAACUGUGGGCUGAAAAGGAGACUGUAGACAACUGGUGUUUAUGGGUAGUCAGUUCUACCCCCCUCUGCUUUGGGCAGGUGAGAAGCACCUACAAGGAUGAACCUCCUUGUUCAGAGGGAAGUUUGAAGUCCCAGUGGCGGCGGCCGGGGUGGGGGUGGUGGUAG